UUCUGUUUUACAACUGUUUUGCAGUUUUUGUGUCAGCCCACACUUAGUGUUUCAGGGUUCCAACAUUCCUGCAAAAAUCAAGUCACAGGACAAUGCUGCGAGUAAGAUGCAUGAGAGGAGGUAGCAGAGGGGCUGAAGCAGCUCAUUUGAUUGGAGCCAUGGUUGCAAGAGCUGCCACAGGCUGGGUGCAGAAAGCAUUCCAAGGCACCUCGGCAGCGGUGGCGAAGGAGGAUACCAUGUCGAAGUCUGUCGACCCAGUUCCCGAUGAGUGUCCUGUAAACUCUUUCAAUGAAUGGGACACACUAGAAGAAGUCAUUGUUGGAAGAGCCGAGAAUGCUUGUGUUCCACCGUUUACCGUGGAAGUCAAGGCAAACACCUAUGAAAAACACUGGCCUUUUUACCAGAAGUAUGGCGGUCAAUUGUUCCCUGAAGAACACCUGAAAAAAGCUGUGAGCGAGAUUGAGGAAAUGUGCAAUAUUUUACGCUUGGAAGGAGUCAAGGUUAGAAGGCCCGAGCCUAUUGACUGGUUAACUCACUACAAGACACCUGAUUUUGAUUCUACAGGUUUGUAUAGUGCUAUGCCCAGGGACAUCCUCCUUGUUGUGGGCAAUGAGAUCAUUGAAGCCCCAAUGGCUUGGCGGUCUCGCUUCUUUGAAUACCGAGCAUACCGACCUCUGAUUAAAGAGUAUUUCAGCAAAGGUGCUAAAUGGACAACAGCCCCAAAACCUACCAUGGCUGAUGAUCUGUAUGACCAGGAAUACCCUAUGCGUACAGUCGAAGAUAGACACAAACUGGCCGCUCAGGGAAAGUUUGUUACAACUGAAUUCGAGCCCUGUUUUGAUGCUGCUGACUUUAUGAGGGCUGGGAGAGACAUUUUUGCACAAAGGAGUCAAGUUACAAACUAUAUGGGCAUCGAGUGGAUGCGUAGGCACCUUGGACCUGAGUACAGAAUUCACCUGCUCUCGUUUAAGGACCCCAAUCCAAUGCACAUUGACGCUACUUUCAACAUCAUUGGUCCUGGCCUGGUACUGUCUAACCCAGACCGCCCGUGUCACCAGAUUGAAAUGUUCAAGAAGGCUGGGUGGACGAUUGUACAACCCCCAACUCCACUGAUUCCAGAUGACCACCCUCUGUGGAUGUCUUCCAAGUGGCUCUCAAUGAAUGUCUUGAUGUUGGAUGAAAAACGGGUAUUGGUUGAAUCCAAUGAAAUCAGCACCCAAAAAAUGUUUGAAAGGCUUGGAAUAAAAACAAUUAAAGCGAACAUUCGUCAUGCCAACUCUUUAGGAGGGGGAUUCCAUUGCUGGACAUGUGACAUCCGUCGCCGUGGCACCCUGGAAUCCUACUUCAACUAACCAUGCCAAGAUGAUUGCUCUGUUUAACAGUGCUGUUCUUUACAGUGUAGCGAAAACCUUCCUUCUCAUGUCAUUCUGGAAGACACCAACACACAAGUCCCUAGCUUAUGUGGUGAUGUCUAUUUAAUAGUUAAGAUUUGAUUAUUUAAUUGUUGUAGUAAAAUUGGGGCUCUGUAUUUGCAUUAUUGACUCGGUCACUUGAGUGUUUUUUUUUUAUAAUGUUUUAAACCAUUUUUGUUACAUGUUUGCAUUCCCUAAUCAUUCUGUCAUGUUCCAUGCUUCUUUCAUCCCCCUCUCCUCCUCUAACAUCUUUUUUUUUUUAAAUCUUGUAUUAUGCUAGCAAGACGGCACAGCUCAGAUUGAUGUCAUUGGCAGCUCUUAGCCGGCAAGAGGCUACAAUAAGAUCAGUAGAGAGCAACGCUUUUAGUUAGUUAUGGGGCUCAAUUUUACAAGCAAGUGCAACGUCAAAGGCACUAUUUAAGGAAUACAACACUUUUAAAUGUGCAAAACCAGUAAGUCACACCUCAUGACCUGCAACUAACUUCGUACAUUACUACAAUUGUCUUAUUCCUUAAAGAACAUCUGAAUUUGUCCAACAUUUGGUUUAAAAGAAGUGGUGUUAGCAAAACUUGGUUGCCAAACUUUUACCCACACUUUAUGCAAAAAGUUCUUUCCCUUGUAAAGAGUGUUUGUAAAGUUUACUGAGAGCAUUUAAAAAAGGAAAUAAACUACCCAACCCCCCCUUAGAAACAAGCUAUACCAGUUCAAUGGAUACUGAACCAUUUUUUAAUCAAUGAAAACAAGGUUGAGAAAAGUGUGAGGUUAUGUUUCAGCAAUAGGGUUUAAUAAAGGCUACCUUGUUAUAUGUAAGAAAUAUUGUUAUUUUAAUUCUGUCGGCACAUAUUUGUAACUUUUUAAUAAUUUAAUAAUGGAAGUUUGAAGGACCCCUGUGGCUCUUAUGGAACUCUUACAAUCAUGUCUGAACAGCAGGUACAACAGGGUGUAACAAGUAUUCUGCUCCCCCUGCAACACAGCCCAUUGUCUUUUAAAAGAAGGAAGUGGUGAUUUUAUGGUAACAUAAAAUAAUGAUACAAUGUAAAUCUAAACUACAAAACUACAUUAAUUAAGACAACUCAUAUUUUAUACUCACAAUAAGAUGCUCUUUACCUGUUUUUUUCUUCAUAAUGACAGUGGUUUAUGCAGCUUUUAAGUCUUAAGCAAUGCAGUUGUUUUGUUUUUCCUAUUCUUUUUAAUUUUAAACAGCUACAAUUUGCCCUCGGUGAAGCAACGUUUACAGCAUGUUUACAUCAUUGUAUUACAGCACUUACGUUGUUGAAAACACUAAAUGUUCAAUAUUAUCAAUGUACAAACCCAAGGCCAAAAAAAACAAAAACAAAACAAACAAAAAAAAAUAAACAGAACUGUUUUUGACAUGAAUUCUCUGCUUUAUUUGACUAAGCUGUAAACCUGUAUGUGAUAAUUAGGUCUUUUAAAAUAAGUGUGGAGUGGAGGAUCA